GAAAACAAAGGGGAAUUUGAGCCAAUGCACAACGUCACAGCAAUAAAUCUGGGCAAGCUGAAGGACAGGUUCCGAUAUGUUGCACAAAGUUGUAAAGAAAUCAUGGACAGAUAUAAAGAAAAAGAAGAUGGCUUGUAUUUUCUGACCACUGCUAAUGGCCUGGUCUAUCAGACCUUCUGUGACAUGACCACUGAUGGUGGAGGCUGGACGCUGGUGGCGAGUGUCCAUGAGAACAAUUUGUAUGGAAAGUGCUCAGUGGGGGAUCGUUGGUCCAGUCAGCAGGGCAACAAUGCUGACGUGCCAGACGGAGAGGGGAACUGGGCCAACAGAAACACCUUCGGAUCGGCAGAGAGCGCAACUUCAGAUGACUUUAAGAACCCAGGUUAUUAUGACAUAGAAGCCGACGACAUGUCUGUGUGGCAUGUUCCCAACAAUUCUCCACUGGAGAACUGGAGGAUUGCAGCCAUCCUCCGCUACCACACUGACAACCACUUUCUCAGGCUGUACGAGGGAAACCUAAAUCAGCUCUUCCAGCAAUAUCCAGUGAAAUUCAACGUGGGCUCAUGCAGUGAAAGAGGACCAGCUUUUCCCAUUGUGUAUGACCAUGGAGACAAAGAGUCCACCAAAGAAUUAUAUGGAACAUAUUCAAGAGCCGAGUUUGUACCUGGUUUCAUCACAUUCAGACCAAUAAACAAUGAGCGUGCAGCCAUGGCUGUCUGCUCCGGGGUCAAACCAGCCACGGGAUGCAACACUGAAACCUACUGUAUCGGUGGAGGUGGAUACUUCCCUGAACACAGUGGACAAUGUGGGGAUUUCACAGCCUUUGACUGGGACAGAAUUGCUGGAACUCAAGGCUGGAGCGCUUCUAGAGAUGUGAUUGGGGCGGCUGCUUUACUGUUCUACCGCUGAGAGCUCUGUACUUUUUAACAGCAUGUCUUAUACUACAAAGAAUGCCUGUGAUUUUACUGACAGUAGGUUGAUUUAGUUCCGAUUCACUGUACUGCAUAUAGAAAUAAAGCAAAUUUUAAAGUU